UUAUUUCUCCUCAUUUCUCAACCAAUCAAUUACUCCCUAUAUUGCACAUUCCCAAAUUUAUAAUCCUUUUAUUUCAAUUUUAUCCUCUCUCAAUCAUUCCUUAGUUCUGAAUAAUAUGGCUGAUGCUCUUGUUUCCGUAGUCUUGGAGCGGCUGAGCUCGAUCGUUAGUGAGAAGGUGGGACAAAAAGUGAGGCUCUUUGUUGGUGUCAAGAAUGAGGUUGAAAAGCUCACCAGCAGUUUCCGAGCCAUCCAAGCUGUGUUUGCCGAUGCAGAGGAAAGACAGUUGAAGGAUCAGUUCGUCAAGCAUUGGUUAGAUCAACUCAAAGACGUAUCUUACGACAUGGAUGAUGUUUUGGAUGAGUGGGACACUGCAAUUGCAAAAUUGCAAAGCAAGAAUACAAGGAAGGUAUGCUCUUUCAUGAUCUUCUCUUGCUUUCAUUUUAGAGAAGUUGGUUUGCGUCAUCGUGUUGCUUAUAAGAUAAAAGAGCUGAAUGAAAGAAUAGAUGACAUUGUGGUUGAGAAAAAUAGGUUCCACUUCAAAUUAUUGGAAGCGGGAAUUAAGCAGCUUGAACAUCAUGAAACCGCUUCUGUUAUAGAUGUAAAAGAGGUUAAAGGUAGAGAAAAGGAUAAAGUCAGGGUUAUAAAAACGUUGUUGAGUGAGAGUAGUCAAGGACCAGCCCUCCGUACAAUCUCUCUAGUAGGGAUGGGAGGGAUAGGAAAGACAACCCUUGCUAAGCUAGUUUUUAAUGAUCAUGUGGUGAAGACCCAUUUUAAUAGGAGAAUAUGGGUUUGUGUAUCAGAUCCCUUUGAUGAGACAAGGAUUGCCAAGGAAAUCCUUGAAGCUCGUAUAAGGUCCACCCAAAAUUUAAAAAAAUUAGAGACUUUGCUGGAAAAAAUACAACAAUCAUUUAGGGAAAAUAAAUUCUUGCUUGUCCUUGAUGAUGUGUGGAAUGAAGAUUCCACAAAGUGGGAGCAACUAAGAAACUCCCUCAAGUGUGGUUUGCCUGGAAGUAGGAUUCUGGUGACCACACGUAAUAGGAAUGUUGCGAAGUGCAUGGGCUCCUCACCCACUGACAUUUUAGAACUAGGACUUCUCCCUCCUGAGGAAUUAAAGUGUGAAGGCCUGCCUCUUGCUGCAAAGACUCUAGGAAGUCUUUUGCGCUUCAAAAGAAGCAGAGCAGAGUGGGAAAGUGUCUUGCACAGCCAUGUCUGGGAGAUAAAAGAAGCUGAAAGCAAUCUUUUGGCUCCUUUAUGGUUGAGCUACCAUGACUUGCCCUCUGAAAAUAAAGAGAUGGAAGUAAUGGGUCGUGAGUGCUUCGAAGCUUUAGCGGCACGCUCUUUCUUUCAAGAUUUUAAGAAAGAAGAGGGUGAUGAUAGCAUUUAUGCAUGUAAGAUGCAUGACAUGGUGCAUGAUUUUGCACAAUUUUUGACAAAAAAUGAAAGUUUUAAUGUAGAGAUUGAUGGUGCGGCAGAGUCAAAGAUAGACUCUUUUUCUAGAGAUGCCCGACACUCCAUGGUAGUGUUAAGAAAAUAUAAAACCUACUCAUUUCCUGAAACCAUCCAUAGUUUGAAAAAGCUUCGCAGCCUGAUUGUUGAUGGUUAUCCUUCAUCGAUGAAUGCAACCUUACCUAACUUGAUCGCUAAUUUGAGUUGUCUGAGAACAUUGAGGUUGUCAAGAUGUGGAAUAGAAGAAGUCCCAUCCAACAUAGGAAAGUUGAUACACCUGAGGCAUGUUGACUUGUCUGGUAAUCUAAUUCGGGAGUUACCUGAAGAGAUGUGUGAAUUGUAUAAUAUGCUAACUUUAGAUGUCUCGGAUUGUGAGAAACUUGAAAGGCUACCUGAUAACAUGGAAAAAUUAGUCAAAUUAAGACAUCUCAGUGUUGGUAGAUGGUUUGUAAAGAUGAGAGGAGUUGAGGGGUUAAGUUCUCUUCGGGAAUUAGAUGAGUUCCAUGUGAGUGGUAGUGGUGAAGUGUCUAAUUUUGGAGAUUUGAGAAACUUGAACCACCUUCAAGGAUCUCUGAAGAUAAGAUGGUUAGGAGAUGUGAAAGAUCCAGACGAGGUUAAGAAAGCAUUACUUAAGAGUAAGGAACACCUCACUUGUUUACGUUUAUGGUUUGAAUCGAGGAUAGACAAGGGGACAAUUCACGACGAUGAAGUCCUUGAAGUCUUAGAACCACCUCCAAACUUAGAAUUUUUGGAGAUACGUUAUUACCGAGGAAUCGACCCAGUGUUUUCUAGUUGUAUUAAUAAACUAAGGGUUGUUGAACUCUCUGAGUGGAGGAAGAUUGAGAAUCUGCCUCAUUUGGGGAAGUUGCCAUCUCUUGAAGAAUUAACUAUAAGUUGGAUGGAAUGCGUGAAAAAGAUGGGUGAUGAAUUUUUGGGAUUAGAAGUGGAUCGUGAGGAUGAUGAGGAUAGUGAGAUUAGUAUUGGAGAAAUGACAUCACCAUCACCGUCAAAUAUUACUACUGCAUUCCCCAAGUUGAAAGGUCUUACCUUUUCGGAUAUGAGAAAGUGGGAAGAGUGGGAAGGAGGAGAAGGAGGGAGGUGGAGAAGAGGAAAUGAAUAUAAAACAAACAUCUUCAUUUCAAUCAUAAUGCCAUCUCUUCGUUCCUUGCUAAUUUUGAAGUGCCCAAAAUUGAAAGCACUUCCGGAUUACGUGCUUCAGUCAACAACUAUAGAGAAACUGCUAAUAAAAUCUAGCUCAAUUCUAGAAGAACAAUUCAAAGCAGGAGGAGAGGGCUGGCCCAACGACUCUCAUAUCCCAAGCAUCACAAUUAUUUAA